AGGGCGUGGUUUUUAUUUUGUUAUGUAGUCCAAAGUCGGAAUCAGAAGUUCGAACACUAGUUUGACGCGAUCUACACAGGCACAGUGAGGCAUUCCACCUCACACUCUCUCCAGCCUCAGCAGAUAGCAGACGCAACAAAGCCAGAUCUCAGAUCUACUUGGUCCUGUCAGUGAGGUCACCUGCACCAGCAGAGAUUGUGAAGAUGGCGGAAAGUGUCGAGACACUUAAACAAUCCAUCCUUCGGCGGUCGAGAGUUGUUGAUGGCGGACAUCCACGUAUCCAUGUCAUUCCCAUGCAUCACACUGUGCGAGAUGAAGAAGCAGGUCUUGAAAAACUUGAGUUUGGAUGUAAUCAUGGACGUGGUGCAAGCAAAGUUAUCAUGAUGGUGGGGCAAACAGGCUCUGGAAAGACAACACUCAUCAAUGGCCUGGUUAACUAUGUCUUUGGUGUUGACUGGAAUGAUUCCUUCCGCUUCAAGAUGAUUGUGGAGGGUAGUCACGCUGACCAGGCCGAGAGUCAGACGAGGAAUGUCACUUCCUACACUCUGCAUCACCAGGACGGUUUCAGAAUGCCCUAUUCCCUCACCAUCAUCGAUACUCCAGGCUUUGGUGACACUAAAGGUAUUAAGAGGGACAGGGAAAUAGUUGAGCAGCUUCGCAAGUUUUUCACAAGCCCAGGAGAUCUCGGCAUCAGCCACAUCGAUGCCAUUGGCUUUGUGGUUCAGGCUUCCCAGGCCAGACUCUCUGUAGGACAAAAAUAUGUCUUUGACAGUAUCCUUGCACUGUUUGGCAAAGAUAUAAGCGAUAACAUAUUCCUUCUCGUUACUUUUGCUGACGGCCAGGAGCCUGAGGUUCUUAGUGCUGUGAAGAAAGCUGAAAUACCGUACAAGGAUUACUUCCAGUUUAAUAAUUCUGCUCUCUACUAUCAGACUGAUAAAAGGAGAAAGUUCGGCUCUCUUUUCUGGGACAUGGGAUGUGAAAGCUUCCAGAUCUUCCUGGACAAAGUUCUCGAAAUUGAAAGUAAGAGUCUUGUUCUUACUAAGAAUGUUCUUAGGGAGCGCAAAAAAAUUGAAGAAUAUAUUGAGUCUAUUCAAAGAGAAAUGAAAGUAGGACUAAGUAAACUGAAUACCCUGGAAAAGGAAAAAGAAAUGUUAAGAAAACAUGAACAUGAUGUAGACCAAAACAAAAACUUCUCUUUUGAGGUGGAAGAAGAUGUUUUUGUAAAGAAGGAUUGUGAUGAAAAUGGGUAUAAGUAUAAAGGAAUGCAUAACUGUAUGAAAUGUGAGCGCACUUGUUGCCAUUGGUGCUGGGGUUACUCUCUUGGUGUUGGAGGCAGGUGGUGCUGUUCUAUGAAUAAAGAAAUGAUGUGCAUGAUCUGCGGUUGUUCUCUUGAAGAACACAGAAUGUCUAACUACAUGUAUGAAGUGAGUAGGAAGACAACCAUGAAAACGGUGGCUGAAAUUCGUCUCCGCUUCACAGAAUCACUGAAGGAAAAACACUCUGCGCUGAAUAUGAUUGACGAGAUUCAAAGAGAAUAUGAUUUAGGGCAGAAGAAAAUACUGCACAUGGCUGACUCGGUAAGGAAAUCUCUUGACAGACUAAAGGAAAUAGCUCUGAGACCAGACCCGUUAAGCACUGUCGAAUACAUCGACAUAAUGAUAAAGAAUGAGCAAAGGGAUGCAAAGGCGGGAUGGCAAGAAAGAGUUGACCAACUCAUCCUACUAAAGAAAAGGGCGAAGGAAACAAAAAAAUAUGCUAACUGGAUGGUUCAGGUAUGUGGUGGAAAGUGAUUGAUUGACUUCAGUUAUGGCGCCGCAAUAUCGACAUAUGGUGAAAAAGGUAGGUCUUCUAAAGUGCCACUCCCCUAAAAUCUUGAAGUUAAGGACAACAAAUAGGCUCGAGAUGUUUACAUUGUACUUUCCUAGAGUACUUGAAGUCAUAGCUGUGAAGCAUUCUCUUCCCUCACUGUCCCCACACCAUGAGAGGUGCACUCCAUACACGAGUGUAUAAGGUCCCUGUAUAAGCUCAGCAUCUGGGAGUGGCAAAGCAUGCACGGAAGAAACAUGCAUCGCGUAGCUUCGUGGAAGUAUGUUUAACAAAAGACAAUUCAUAAAUAUUCAGUGUGGAGGAAGGGAUGCGUUGAGAGCUUUGGAAGUGCAGAUAUCACCAACCAUAGCAUCUGAAUUUCUGAGGCACUGGCGUUGCAUAUUUUGUUCUGUCAUAAUAGGAAAUCCAAGAGAGUUCAGAUGUGAAGCAUUUUAUAAUUGUUUUUCAUAUUGUUGCUUAAUUCCUGUCAAGGUAUUAGUGUAGCAAAUACUGUAGAAAAAAAAAAAAUAGGAAAGGCAUCAUCAGCAUAAGUCAAUAGGACAGCGGUUUCAGGAGCGGUCCAGUGUUAUAACAUGAGAGGAUGAUGAAAUCAGACCUUGUGGAAUACUACUGUUAAGAUGUUUAGCCAGGAAGAAAACUUCGGGUACAGGUGAAAAGAGAUGGACUGUAAUGGGACUGCAGUAUUUAUAUUAUUUUGCAUACUGGAGUCCUUUGUGUUACUUCCUAUAUCAUUCAUUGAAGUCUUUGCUCAGAGUUCACUUAUUAGUGGUAUUGUGGUGGAUAUUUUGUCUUUGUAUUGUCCAUCAUGGGAAUCUUCUAUGAAGACGAUGUAAACUUGACGCUUGACGUUAGAAUACUCCCUGUGUUGAAGACGUUAAUUACUGAUUUAAUUUAGUUAGACGAGUAUAGGCAUAUCUAACGAGAGUCAUUAUCUUUAGCUGCCUAUAUCGAUAUUUAGUAUAGUUUAUUGCCAUUAAUUCAUAAUAUAUAUAUAUAUAUAUAUAUAUAUAUAUAUAUAUAUAUAUAUAUAUAUAUAUAUAUAUAUAUAUAUAUAUAUAUAUAUAUAUAUAUAUAUAUAUAUAUAUAUAUAUAUAUAUAUAUAUAUAUAUAUAUAUAUAUAUAUACAUUUUUUUUUAUGUAGGAGGGACACUGGCCAAGGGCAAUAAAAAUCCAAUAAAAAAAUAAGAAGCCCACUGAGAUGCCAGUCCCAGAAAAGGGUCCAAAGCGAUAUAAUACAUACUUAACAAGUAUGUAUUAUACACUGUUUCUAUAGUGAGGUGACCGAGUUUUGUAUAAUUACAGAUCCUAGACAAUUUUAAAUAUAAAUUAUUUUUAUGAAAGUUCCAAUUUAGAUUCUGAUUGAUAUAAACCUUAAGAAAUUUUAAAUGGGAUACAUAUGUCGAUGUGUUCCAUCUUCUAGCAUUAGUGGGAAAAUUUGAUUUUGUAUGGACCUUUUCUGAAAAAAAAAAGUUUUAACCACACUAAGUUUGUUUAUGUAUCGAAUGUAAUCUGUAGUGUAAUACGAGUGCAAAUUGCUAACAUCAUUAUGGUUUAACAAUAAAUUUAUAUCAUCAGCGUAAUUAGUAUAUCUAAAUUGUGAGCUGGCAUUUAUGAUGUUACUUAUAUAGAUAAGAAAAGUAUUGGUCGUAAUAUUGAUCCCAGAAGUACACCUACGGAUAUGGAUUUAGUUCAAGAAUAAUAAGCACUGCAAUGGACAGCUUGUGACCUGUUGGUAAUAUAACUUUGGAAUAGCUGUAGUGGCACACCUCGUAUUCCAAUACGAUUUAUCAAAUAAUAAAUUAUGUUAUAAUGCAAAGUAUCAAAUGCCUUGGACUGGUCUAUAAAUACAAAUACAGCGUAAGAUUUAUCUUCUAAACAUUUAUAAAAAUUAUUGGUAAAUUCCAAUAUUGUAGUCUCGGUUAAAUGGUUGGCACGAAAACCAUGCUGAUAUUGUUACAAUAUUGUUUUCUCUAAAUAGUUUUUCAAACAAGAGGAAAUAUUUUUUCAAAUAUAGUACUGAAUGCUGGAAGUACUGUACUGUAUGCUGGAUGGAAAUAUUGAUAUGCGGCAGUAAUUAUUGAUAUUGUUCAAAUAACGAAAGUAUUCUCUAUUGGGUUUCUUCAUAACUGUUGCUAUAUCUUAAGAAAUGAUUAUUGAAAAUAUUUGAAGGAUCAGGACAGAAAGGUUUUAGUUCAAUCAGAUUACUUAAAUUAGAAGUAUUGUUCUGAUAUAUUUCCAAUGCCGUUUAGGGUUACCCUGAUUUUAUUUUAAUGGCUAUAAUAUUUGUUCUUUGCUACUCUUAAUGUGGCUGUUAACUUACUUCUAUAUUGUUUAUAAAUUUCUUUAUAUGUUAAGGGCCACUUACGUGCCAGUCGUUCUAACCUGUUUUUUUUUUUCCUGCAUGCUGAUUCUCAAAGCUGGUGUAAUAAAUGGACUGCGCUGGUUCUUGAAUUCUGCUUUGAUUUUUUCUCUCAGGAAAUCUUUUCAUGGAAUAGAUUGUUAAAUUUACAGAAAAAGAAAUACGCCUCGUCGGGGCAAUUCGACAUCAUUCCAUAUUACUUCUGAAAGAUCACUACUAAGAUUAUCUAAUGCAGUUUGUGUCAUGACUCUUUGGUGAUGUAUGCCUGAUUAGGUUUAAGUGUGUGGUGAUUAGUGAACUGAGGAACUACUGGAAAGUGGUCAGUUAUAUUGGUUUGUAUUGUGUAAUUAUUAAUGUUAUUUUCAACAUUUGACACCAUAUAUGGUCGAUUAGUGUGGCAGAAGUAUCUGUUAUUUUGGUCGGUCUAGGCAUUAAAGGGAAAAAAAAGAAAGUACAUCAAAUUAGUAAAUUCAAAGACAACCUU